AUGGCUGCUGAGUUUGCUAUUGCUGCCAACAUUGUAGGGAACCUGGAAACUAAAUACGCAUCACCUUAUGUCAAUUGCUUUAUUCGUUUGGGCAAAAUUGUUGAGCAGUUCAAGAAUCGGCAAAACCAACUUGAAUUGAGAAAAGAUCGGGUGAAAAAUGAUGUUGAUGAGGCUUUAAGGCAAACUGAGGUAAUUGAGAAGGACGUUGAGGACUGGCUAACAAGGGCAGAGAAAGAACUAGAAGAAGCUCAAAGUUUGGAAAAUGAAAUAGAAUAUUUAGCUUUUAAAAAGAACGCUAUCAAAGGAAAAGCAGAGCAAUUGUUGUUGAGAAUAAAAGAGGUGAAUAGCAUCCUUAUAAUCCCUGAUGAUGUUUGGGAAGAACUUGACUUGAAGGUUAUCAGAAUUCCAUUCGGUGAUGAUCACAAUGGUUGCAAAAUUUUUCUAACCACCUGCCUUAAACAAGUUUUCACUCAAAUGAAUUGUCAAAAGGAUGUUCUGCUCAAUAUCUUAUCUGAACAUGAAGCAUGGGCUUUAUUCAAAGAUAAUGUUCGGUUAAAAGAUGUCACUUCCCUUUUGCAUGAUGUAGCUAAGGAGGUUGCCGAAGAAUGCAAGGGUUUGCCUCUUACAAUUGUGAUUGUGGGAAGAGCUUUGAAAACUGAAACUCUAGAUGGGUGGGAAGUAGUAAAUCAAUGA